AUCGCAUUCGAACGACACUUCCCCGUCCUCGGGUACUAGUUCCGCCGCCUGGAGACGGCGCUACUAAAUCAUCGUUCCUCGAAGCCGCGAAAUAUCCGACUAGAAUCGCACAAAAAAGGAACCCAGUAGCGAAGUCUGUAAAACCCGAACUCUACUUUAUCAAUCCGCCUCACAAUGAGCCACAACAAGCCAAGACGGUUCAAAAAUCAUCAUCCCCGCCGCGGACAAUCCACCCGAGGCCAUAAAUUUAUCGGAGAGGACGAUUGUUUGCCGAUCGACCCAGCUAAUGAAGAGGAGCCAGCGGGUCCAAAAAUUCAGCUUGCCAUGUGGGAUUUUGGGCAGUGUGAUGCAAAAAGAUGUACCGGACGCAAGCUUGCACGAUUUGGCUUGCUAAAAGAUUUGCGUGUUAGCAGUGGUUUUGGAGGCAUUGUAUUAAGUCCAGUGGGAGUGAAUUGUGUCUCGAAAGAAGAUCAAAGCCUUCUUAAACAAAAAGGAUUAGCGGUUGUGGAUUGCUCAUGGGCACGCCUUGGUGAUGUUCCAUUUGUGAAGUUGCGCUGCUCUGCUCCUCGCCUAUUACCUUGGCUAGUAGCGGCAAACCCAGUAAAUUAUGGUCGACCGUGUGAGUUAUCUUGUGUGGAAGCGUUAGCAGCUGCUCUAAUCAUAUGUGGGGAACAGGAAACAGCAGACCUGUUGCUUAGCAAGUUCAAGUGGGGCCAUGCUUUUCUUUCCGUUAAUAGAGAGCUUCUAAAAAAGUACUCGGCGUGUGAGAAUAGUGCCGAUAUUAUUUCGGUCCAGAAUGCUUGGCUAUCACAACAAAGCCAGGUCCCCAAACAACUGCAUAAUGUACAAGAUGUUGCAGGUGCAGAAGAGCCAUCUGUGAGCCGAGACGACGAGGGCUCCGAUGACUCUGACGAUGGACUUCCGCCAUUGGAGAAGAAUCUGAACCACUUGAUCUUGCAAGAAGACAGUGACGAAGAAAGCGAGUAAUAAUGUUAUAAUGUCAAGGCAAAGCAUAGAUCAAACACUUCUCAACAAAGUUUUAAGGUUUUUUUUCCCCCCCCAUUAUUUUCUAUUUUGCUUUGCUUAGUAGUUAACAUAUUAAUCCAGUUGGAGUGUAGGGUAUGAUGCAUAGUUGUAAGAAAAUUUGCUACUGCCCCCUGAUCUUUUUUUUCCUUGUAUUUAUUUACUUAUUUGUUUUUCGAUA